AUGGCAACAGCAGCCACCAAGUCACCUCAUUCAGGUAUGAUGACAAUAACUGCUGGCGGACGCCUAGGAAAUUUCAUGGGCGAGUAUGCUACACUUUAUGUUCUUGCAAGACUUAAUGGUCACCAAGCCUACAUCUUACCAAGAAUGCAUGACCAGCUGUCCAGAAUCUUUAAAAUUCGCCUCCCCAUGAUUCACCAGGAAAUUGUUGAUCGUAUUAAAUGGAUAGAUUACAGACUUACUUACCGGAUGAAUCCAGAAUACAUGAACAUUCAAGGAGAGUAUGUGAGACUAAAUGGCUAUCCUUGCUCCUGGACUGUUUAUCACAAUAUAAAGGAUGAGAUUCUUAAAGAAUUUAGUUUUCACGAAUGGAUUAAGGAGGAGAGCUACGCUUAUCUUGCUAAUGUACAAGGGAAUAAGAAAAAUGUUACCUUUGUUGGGGUGCAUGUCCGCAGAGGAGACUAUGUAAACAUUAUGCAAACCAGGAAAGGAGUUGUCGCUGAUAAGGAAUAUUUCCAGAAAUCCAUGGACUAUUUUAGAAAUAAAUAUCAAAACCCAAUAUUUGUAGUGACCAGUAAUGGCAUGGACUGGUGCAAGGAGAAUAUAGACAAUUCACUGGGGGAUGUCCACUUCGCUGGAGAUGGCAAGGAAGUUUCUCCUGGACGUGACUUUGCCCUCCUGGCACACUGUAACCACACUAUUAUGACUAUAGGAACAUUUGGGUAUUGGGCUGGGUACCUGGUAGGAGGUGAAACCAUUUACCUGGCAAAUUACUCCUUAGGUGACUUUACUGAACACAAAAUAAGGAUAAAUAAUGCUUUUUUUCUUCCUGAAUGGAUUGGGAUUCCAGCAAACCUCUCCCGCUUUAUGAAAAAGAGCAACCCAUAA